CAAACGUCAGCGGAACGCGAAUACCUUUAGAGCUAUGACAUGAUUUACAAUUGGGUUUUUUGAGACGUUAUUUUAUUCUAUCACCUACUUGGAUUUACCUCAAUAUAUUUUUGAUCUACCAUCAAGCACUGAACUAAUGAGAACAAAGAUGCGUCGUGCGUAAAAGACCUCUUGGAGACUGGAGUGAAGCUCGUCUCGUGACGGUAACCACCCGAGCGAAUCAAGCUCUGUGCGAAACCAUUUGGGUACUGCCUGCACGGAGUUAUUCAAUGCACAAAGGCAUCGUGUGGAAGUAUUUUUGGAGGUGUGCAUUAGUAAGUUUUACAUAUGCUGUGCUCACCCGGCGCGCGCUAAGGAUGGAGCCCCUUUCUCAGCACCAACGGCUCGCGCCAAGAGCGACUGGACCGAUAACUUUCAUCUCAGAGAAAGUGCGUUCAGAUGUGAUUAUGUCUCGGUUCUACGCUGGAGAAGCUUAACAGAUCUUCCUCACUCAUGGCAAUGUUUAGCAGCAGUGAAUGGCAGUGGAAUGACUCAGAACAUUCUCUCACUCCUGAGGGAAACUACAGCCUGAUAUCAGACAUUGAAGAAGUGAAGAGGAAUUACUAUGCUAUGCUCUAUUCCCUACUCAUCCUGGCUAUUGUGUUUGGGAACGUGCUGGUGUGUAUUGCUGUGCUUCGAGAGAAAGCUCUCCAGACCACCACCAACUACCUGGUGGUCAGCUUGGCCGUGGCUGAUCUCUUGGUUGCCUCACUGGUCAUGCCCUGGGCGGUCUAUUUGGAAGUGGUUGGUGGAGCUUGGCUCUUCAGUCGCUUGUAUUGCAAUAUUUUUGUGACCCUGGAUGUGAUGAUGUGCACUGCAAGCAUACUCAACCUGUGUGCCAUCAGCAUCGACAGGUAUACGGCUGUGGUGAUGCCAGUGCUAUACAACACCACUCACAGCUCCCGCAAGAGGGUUUCAGUCAUGAUUGCAACAGUUUGGGUCCUUGCUUUUGCAGUCUCCUGCCCCCUUCUGUUUGGAUUCAACACUACAGAUGACCCUACAGUGUGCUCGAUUUCAAAUCCAGAUUUUGUUAUCUACUCCUCUGUGGUGUCGUUUUACUUGCCGUUCAUAGUGACCCUUCUGGUCUAUGUUCGCAUCUAUAUCUUUCUCAGAAGGAGACGGAAGAGAAUCACCUUCCGUCAAGGCAGUGGCAAAGUUCAGCCAGCAUCUCUACCACCAUCUGCGGAGACGUGUUUACAAGACGACACUCACAAAGAGAAAAGAGACCUUUCCCCCAUCCGGAUCAAUGUGAUAAAUGAAACCAAGGAGCAGGUGAUCCGUCCGCGGCUCCUCGCCAGCUGCCCGUGGCGUAAGCGGCCUCAAACCGCCCCUGCCGAGAACUCGCUGCUGCCUCCUGUGAUUACGCUGAACUACUGCAGCAUGAGCCAGGCAUCCUUUGCUCGCACUGAGCAAGAUCAAAACCGUGAAGAAGAGGAGGGUGUGGACGAGGAGCAGGUGACAGUUAGGAGCUGUGAGGUGAAGAAGUUGUCAAACGGACGCACACACAUCACCCUGCAUCCUCCGCGGCCCGCUCGCACCAUGGUGUGUCCCAGUCAGGUCCGCUGUAGAAGUAUGCACUCCAAGGAAAAGAAAGCCACACAGAUGUUGGCCAUCGUUCUGGGGGUUUUUCUUAUUUGCUGGCUGCCCUUCUUUGUGACCCACAUCCUAAACACUCACUGCAGAGCUUGUCACAUUCCUCCUGAGGUCUACAGCGCCUUCACCUGGCUCGGCUACGUCAACAGCGCUCUCAAUCCAGUCAUCUACACCACGUUCAACAUUGAGUUCCGCAGAGCCUUUAUUAAAAUCUUGAGCUGCUAAACCAUUGGCUAUUCUCCCAUAUAAUCCUCAAUGCAGCUUCCAGACAUUAUGGAUUCAAUUUUGGGAUACAAGGUGCCAUAUGCAGGGGAUAUUAAAGACCUUGAACAAUCUGAAGGUGAUUUCCAUUUCACUACAAAGCGCACUACACUUGGAAUUGGUGGAUUAGCGUUCGUCUGAAUCUUCUUCAAACUCCAUAGAUCAUUUUGAGACGACAGACCAAUCUGGAGUUCCAGAUGGUGCGUCACACUCAACAACAAAGCCUAGAAUAUCUUCUGGACCUUAUUCUCCAUCUCACCACCUCGUCGCAUGUGGAGCGAAGUCUGAGGUCAUCAUGUGUUUGCAUGUGUCACACCACUGAAUGAAACUGAAUUGAGUUUUGCCUGAAACUCUUCAGUUGUAAAACAGCAAAGAAAACUAUUUAUGUGGCUACAAAGGCUAGUGAUUUGUCAAAGGGACCAUAAAGCAGGUGGACCAGAGGAGCGUGAAGUAGUAAAAGAUCCAAGACUGUGUUGUGCCUUUAAUGGUUUCUCCCUCCUAAGGGCAAGUUUCGUGAUCCAACUGCAUAUCAGGAUAGAAAGGAGAAGAGAUGGUGAUGAUUGUUAUGGAUGAAACAUGAUUUUGUGCUGUGAAUUAAAGCUACA